CCACACACUCCUCCGUCCAGGUUGUGGGGGAAUCAUUGCCACCCUCUUUGCUUCACCUCUGUACUCUUUGUAGUGAGUUCAAGUUGCUUCUUCACUAGGAAAGCAUGCGGGGUGCGUACACAAUACAAACUGUAAUCCGUUGCACGACUCUUCGAGAAAGAGAUGAGAUCAAGAAACUGCGUAACGGCCCCCAUCAAAUGUCCAUAGAGCAGCUGAGCUGGAGGUUCAAGCAUGACUCACGGACGAUCAGUGCUGUACUUCGGUUCUCAGAAACAGAUAUUAAGAACUACCUUAGCGCAAAGGAAAACGAGGGUGUUGAAUCCGCUUUCACAUUGUCGAAUCCUGUGACCCCGGGACCUUCAGAUCGUGUUCUACGUCUACGCAGGAAAGGCGAUAACGUUGGACGCGAAGUAGCGGAACCUAGGAAGGAAGUAUUGGGUUCAACUAGAAGUGUAUCCCAGGAACGCACACAUAGCGGGGAUGAACAGCUCCCUUUGAACUCGUCUUCACGCGGAGCCGCAUUCUCACAACCGUCUAUCUCUGCGACUAAGGCUGGGAUUACUGGAGACAUCGCUCUCUACAUCCCGGAGGGGCGUGAAGAUACCAAUGUGAACCCGAUCUCAUAUCUCCCCUUGUCUUUCCGGCAGCCACCUCAGAGGUCACGAGUACAUCAUACUGGUCAGCACCGACUGCUCCCAGCGGUCAAAGUCUUCGUCAAUCAUCUAGUACCACGCAUUCCCGACGCUCCAAAAGUUUUCCGCGACAUUGGCAUCACUAAUGCGCGUCAUCUAGAUGCGCUCACGCGCAAGCUCAGUGACGUGAAUACCUGCAAACCGUUUUCUCUCGAUUUGCAGCAAGAGUUCGAACGCAGAGGCGUAGAGCUCACCCAGUUUCUCGUGAUAUCGGAUGCUCUGCAGGCCCGGAGCCCAGGCGAUCCUGUUACUUCGUCGGUCACGCAGACUCCGUCGGAUGCACUCAGCGCGUUCCUGCAGGGAUUGGGUUUGUCCCUGCUUCAUCAUCGUGACGCUCUGCACGAAGCGUACAUUCGCGAUGGAGAGUGGCUCGACUUCUUGUCGGCGCAGGUUGAUGCCCCAGGAGCGGAGUACUAUGUCUGGCAUCUGAAGACGCACAAGAAGCUCCAGAGUAUCACCCCGUUGGAAUGGCUCUUCCUGCUGCAUGGGCUCAGGGAUCAAGCCGCUCGGCAGCGAGAGUCCUCGGGCACGCCGCUUUCCUUCUGA